AUGAAUCCGGAUCUAGAGAAUUGGAUUCCGGAUUCCAUACCUACAAAAGUCGAAUCCCUAAUUUCGAAAGGUGAUGAAGGGAUGCUAAGGUUCUUAAAACUAUGUAGAGUUAAUCAAAUUUUAAAUUCUUUAUAUUUUUGCAAAAAUUUAUCGCCUACAAUUGAUGUAAAUACAUUCUUUAAGGUAGCAGGUAACCAGAUAGUCGAUGCAAUGGAUGUUUAUUCUCCAAUGCAAGUCAAUGCCGUAAGUUAUUUGAUAAAUUCAAUUUAUGACGAUCCUACAGCAUUUGCAAUUGUAAUGGGCGGAUUAUCAGACUCACCACAUUUCAACUAUUUGGCAAAUAUACUUGUACCAGCAAUAUUCAACUAUUUUUCCACAGAAGAAAGUUUAGAACAAGCAACAACAUUUUACAUCGCAUUAGGAAACCAGCUUAAGUUCGACAAGUAUUUAUCAUUCACUUCACCGCUAUUUGCUUCGACUUUGGCCUUUCCUUUCACAGAAAUUGCAAUAAAACCAAUUUUUUUGCAAAUACAAGAAAAAAACUAUCCACUUGAACUCACUAUCGUUAAAAUACUUAUUAGCGUCUCUACAAAUCUUGCUUAUUUACCACAAGGAAUGUUAUACGUUCUUGACUUUGUUUAUCAGCAUUAUGGAGCUGAUUGUGCAUAUAUAUUUGUAAUUAAAGCUAUUGUAUACCCCCAUCUUGCGAUAAUCCUUAAAACUACAGAACAAAUGCAUUCCGAUAGUAAACCAUGCAAUCCUCAAGAAAUUCUUUCAGAAAUAGCAUCAUGCAAGAAACAAUGGCAAAGGUACUUCGAUUUUAACCCUAAAAAUUCGAGAUUACAGCCAUUACAAAGAUUAUUCGUUUUAGAGCAACGAAGAAGGAUCAGUUUUAUCUUUUCUCCAUUCGACAUAUACCUUAUGACACAACUACCCAUUGAUUACAACGCUAUGGCCACUCCUUUGAUGAAUGAUCAGCUUCCAUCGAACCACGACACUCCAUUUCAGGUCCAGGUGACGUUAGGAACGAACCACAAGAGGCAGAACGGUGUUAUUUCGGAUGAUCCUAAAUCAGAAAAAGAAAUUUUCUUGGAAACUUAUUUGGAUUUGAGGGUUUCUUUAGGACAGAUCACUAAUUUCAUUGAUAUAGCUCUUAAAUAUCAAGUUCGAUUAUCGUUUUGUACAGGAUUUACCUCAAGACCUCAAGUUGAACUUCAAUUUGUAAAACCAGUGUGGUUAGACUCAUUUACAGCAUCACAUCUUGGAUCUACAAGGUUCUGGAGAGCUAUAAGUGCUAUUGAUCAGAUAGAAACCCAUCUUUUGGCGACAAUUAAAAGAAAAUUAUAUUUAAUUGAGACUCAGUUGACUUCUGACAUAUUAAUCCUCAAAAUGGACUUCAAGGAGACGAAGUACUUGAGCGACGAGCAUUAUAGAAACGCAAUUACUGAUAUUUCCUACACUUUAGAUCUUGUUAACGUCAAAGCUAAGUUUAGUGACAGAUUUAUUGUUCUUGUGUCAUUCAUUACCAAGUUCUUUAAUUUCUGCGCGAAUGUAAAUGAUAUGAACGAUAUAAAUAUCCUCAAACUUUGUUUUGUCAUUUAUGACCCAAUUUGGAUAUUCAGAACAUGCGCAAUUAUAAUAGGAUUCGCACUCCGCGAAACGAAAUUCUGUAUCUGUUGUCCAAAAGACAUUUACGACAUGUUGAUGAAGUUUACUCCAAUGCUGAUCCAGGUUUUGACACUAAAUCCAUCAACAGCUGAUCAGUUUACUGAACUCUUGACUACCCCUUUAUUAUAA